AUGAACCGCGAGCAAGAAUUAAGUCAAAAAAAGAAAAAUCUUAGUCAAGAGCAAGAAUUACUAAGUAAAGAAUAUCAUAAUCUAACUACCAUUAUUACUGCCCAAGCUCGGCGACAAGAGAUUGAAGUCCGGCAAAAAGAAAUUGCCGCCGAAUUAUUAGAAAUUCAGCGACAAAUGGCAAAAGAGACUUCUUUUGUUAAUCUUUCAGCUGAUUUGUCCACUAAUCUAAUUAGCCAGUCGCUAGUAAAAGAGCAAGUUGUAAAAAGGUCAAGGUCAAAGAAAAUUUUUUUGGAAAUCUCGGAGGAAUUAUUAGCCAAGUGCCGGAGUUUUGUUAACUUGAAAAACUUAACUGGUGAAUAUCUAAAAACUAGUGAUUUAGUUCGGCAAAGUUUACAAGCUUAUCGGGAGGGAAUGGUUUUAGAUGGCGACAGACCUAAGCCACCGCGGAGAAUGAAUAGUUUUCUUUUCAGUGCCGAGUUGUAUGGUUUUUACCAAACUUUACCAAAUCGUCACCGUUGUGAAAUAUUAGAAAAGUCUUUAUUUACUUAUCUCAAUCAAUUAAUAGCAGCACAGCAAAAUCAACCGUUAACAUUCAAAAGUGGCACUGGCAAAAGCACCAUUGCCGCUUUAUUAACCGAAUAUCUAAAUUAUAAAGGCUAUCGGGUUCAGUUAAUUGAUACUGACCCGUUACAAACCAGUCAAGCUUGGGUUAAUAACUGUCAACAAGAAGGGCGACUGGUUUCUCAAACCCAAGCACCGGAAUAUCAAAUAAUUGAUACGGCUGGUUGUAGUGGUCCGGCUUAUGGUUGA